UUUCGAAAUGUUAUUCUGUUUCUAAUUAUGACAAUAUUUAAACAGCUAAAACAGCAAGUAUGGAUCAUAGAUUUUUCUCGGGAACGAUUGACGAUGUAGAUGACAGUUUCAUCUCGAUAAGCAUUUAAACGACUACGACACGAAGCAAAAAAGUUUUUGCGAAAUAAUCCAUAUAUAUUGUGUUACAAUACGGAAAGUCGGAAAAGAAAGACGCUCGUGUGCGCGGCGCGCAUGACACAUCACACAUACAUAUCAGACUAUCAGACAUCAGAAUAAUCACACUGCAGUUCUCUCUCUUUUGGAGGGGGGAACGCAAGUCUCUGUCCGGCCACUGUCAAGCAAUAAAAUGCACGUCUAUCUAAAAAUUACCGUGAAGAAAAAGCUCAUCAUCAAGUUCGAAUAAAAAAGACGGACAGUCAUGAUUGCCUACGCAGUUCAAUAAUAAUUGCCGGACAACUCUGUUGUCUGCUGCUACUGUGUUUACUUAUCUAUACGGAGCUGCGUAGCGAGAGUCUUUCCAACUCACCGUCCCAAGAAUAAGCAUAGGCACGAAUAAAAUGGCACCAGAGACAAAUAAUAGAUACCAAUUCGAGGGAACAUCCUCCUACGAGGAGCUGGAGCCAUCCUCGUGGGGUGUUCUGCGAGAGCACUGUUCUGCUCUGUCCGAUCACUUUGAUUCCCAUCAGGAUGAGGGUAGCAUUAGAAUCAAAGGAGCUUUGACUCUCAUUCACGACAGUCUGGACGAUAUGAGGCCCGUUUACGGCGAGCUGUACAGGAUCGCUCCGCUCUUUGAUCUCGAUGAGAAUACUCCUGGCAAUGGAUACAGGAGUCAUUUGAUCAUGGUGGAUAAGGCCGUGCUGCACAGCGGAGGUGUCUGUCGGGAUAUGCUGAAUCAGAAGGACUCGGUUCUCUUCAGGAAGACCCACCAUGUCAAAGAAAUAGAAGCUUGUUCUCAACUACUGGCAGCAUUGAGCACCACUUUGCAGUACGUUAAAAGUUUGUUCAAAAGCCAAGAACAAAUGGAGGAUGGCCAGUAUAAUCUGUUUCCCUCCGAAGGACACGAUCCUCACAAAAUUUUAAGACAGACUGAGGCUAUCAAUCAGUAUUCUUUUUAUGGUAGAUGUUUAGGAUUUCAGUUCUGCGAUAACAUGAAAACAAUUUUAAAGGUUGUUUUGGUUGGUAUGGCGUCGUUCAGUGAAAUAUUUUAUGCAAACGGUACAUUGUUGGGCAGAUGUACGAAUUCAUUCCAAUAUCUGGUGGAUCCUGAGGCUAGAGCACGUAGGAUAGUUACUAUUUCUCAACACGCCGAUAUUUCUUUUUGUCAAGCCUUUUGGCAUUUAAAUGAAAGUGAUUUAUUGAUAAGUCUACCUCAAAUGGUAAUGCCAACACUGGCUAUAAAUCAAUUGAUCUCAAUACCACCUGAAGAAUUAGAAUGUCAGACACUGAAUGGCGCAACAAUAAAAAUCCCGAUCCCUGAAAGUCAUAUAGGAAAAAAGCCCAUUCACGUGAGAUUAUUAAGCGCAAAACGUAGAAUAGGCAUGGUCGGAUCGGGUAGCGUUAAAGGUGCACUAGCUGAGCAGAGCGACUGUCUCUUGAUCCAUAGUCACGGUGGUGGUUUCGUAGCCCAGAGUUCACGCUCGCACGAGUGCUACCUGCGUACCUGGACUUACGAACUCGAUGUACCUAUUCUCAGUAUUGACUACAGUCUAGCACCUAAGGCCCCUUAUCCCCGAGCUCUUGAAGAAGUUUUGUACGCUUACGUUUGGGCGCUUGAGCAUGCAAGCUCGCUGCUCGGUAGUACUGCUAAAAGAGUCGUAUUUGUUGGUGAUUCGGCUGGAGCGAAUCUGAACUUAGUUACGGCGCUAAGAUGUCUAGAAUUAGGUAUUAGACCACCAGAUGGAAUAUUUAUGGCCUAUGCACCAGUACUUCUCGAAUUUACAAUACCUCCGGCUCGAUUUUUUUGCCUUAGCGAUCCUGUAUUGCCAUUGGGUUUUUUGUUGCGAUGUUUAAAGGCUUACGCGUCCACAGACCCCAACAAAGAGACGUGGGAAAAGAGUUUUAGCGAAGACGUCGUGGAAAUAGACAAGUCAGACACUGAAUCGUUUGCAGAAGUAAGCGAAAGCGAUCUUAUCGCUCUGGCCUUAAGUCCAACAGGAGAAGAAGAUCAGAAUGUACCAAAAAUAGCUUCGCUGCCUUCCGACUCUACAUUAAACUCUAUUAGCCUAACAGAAGUGGAGACUUUUCAAGGUGAGACUGAAAAUUCAUUUGAGGAAUCUAAAUCACAAGAGUACAUAAAACGCUUUCUAGAUAUGUACAAAAAUUCGGGAUUAGGACCGUCUGUGCCUAUACUUAACAGCACAAGUGGAGACAGUAGCAACGGAAUUGACAACGAAACCACCAAAACCUGGUCGUUUUUUGGUUGGAACUUGCACAAAGACAAUAAUAGAGCGAAUAGACACUUGGGAGUAGACAAUGACUCGUUUCCAUGGGAUGAAUUUCAGUUUACAAUUCCGUCUGAUCCCCAUCUCAGUCCAUACAGAGCGUCCGAUGAUCUACUAAAGAAGCUUCCACCUGUCAAAAUUCUGACAAUGGAAUUAGACCCAUGUCUGGAUGACUGUGUCAUGUUUGCAAGAAAACUAAAAUUAUUGCAAAAACCGACUACUUUGGACAUUCUAUCUGGAUUACCACAUGGCUUUCUCAACUUAUCAGUGGUAUCUAAAGAAGCGCACGAAGCUUCUUUGGUUUGUGUCAAGAGAAUACGGGAACUGUUAGAAACGUAACCACAAGUGAUUUAGGAAUAGAAAGAAAUUUUUAAAUUUUCAAGUGAUGAACGGAAUAAGUAUACGUAAACAAAUGCUGGAGUUUAUUUUAACAGAAGAGUAUUAAAAGUCGACUUUUAUAAUUGUGACACGAAUAUCGUCCAACAUUCAAGGGACUAAAGAAGAUUAAUAUAUUGAAACGUAUUGUUCAAAUAUUUUAAUUUUUGUACAACAUUUAUUUUUAUAAUUGAACCUUUACGAAAUCAAUGAUGCAUAUUAUUAAAAAAAAAAAAAAAAAAAAAAUUUUAAACGAAUU